UGAUGGGAGGUGUAUGCGUUACACAGAUUCCCGGGCUGCUGUGCGGCUUUUAUUCAAAAAUCAUCCCGGAGAACAAUCUGAUCCGAGCGGCCGCACACGGGCUUUUCACAGGGACUGAUGUCGGGUUUAGGGUGAAGGUCUGAAGGGGCCGGUUAUGGCUCAUGGAAAGAGACCCGGAGCCAUUUCCAAAAUACUAGCUGCCAGCCCUCCAUCCUGCCCGAGUCCAGGACCUUCGAAGCAGAGCCAGGAAGACCGGAGCGAGUCGGUGACCGAGGCAACCGAGGAACCAUCUUGUACUGUCGAGGAUGCCAACAAUGACCGGCUGACCCCGGCUGUUUUUUCAAAGCACUAUUACAUGAGUUGCGACCCAAGUCCUGAGGACAUGGAGGACACCUGCUCCGAGUACGACAACGUGGGCUCCGAUGUCGAGCAGGACUAUGAUGAGGUGCUGCAUCUGAACAGAGAGGGCGUCGUUGACAUGAGGUAUUACAAACAGUACUGUCCUGAGGAUGGUGGCUAUUUAAAGCACGCAGCUGGUGAUGUUAUUAAUGAGAGCGCCAGCGCUGCUGACCAGAUUGCUCCCAGACCUCGACUUAGCGCGGAAAUAUGUGAGAGCUCACAAUCAGAGCAUAAGCAGCCGAAGAUGGGCCAUCGUUUCAGGUCGCAUUGUGCCCCGAUUGCCGGGGAUGAAGCAGAAGGUGCGGUGAAAAUGUGCCAGGAAGACAGAUUCUUCUUUAACGAUGGUGAUGAGAUAGAAGAAGUGCUGGAUGGGGCCAAAUUUAUAGAGGACUUAGAGGAGGCAGAGAACAGUGUUCAGAGGCAGACUGGCCUUUAUCUCUCAAAUGAGAAUGAAAGAAUUAGAAAGGGAGGAGAUGAUAGGGAGAGAGAAGACGACCCCCGAGUCACAAAAAACCAUAAUACUCCAGGAGCCAGUAAGAAGGUUGAGUCUUCUCACAUAGGUCCAAAAGACAAAGAGAGGCCAGGUAAAGGUCGAGGAAGGAGAGGAACUGGAGAGGACACUGAGCGUGUUGUGUCUGGUGUCAGAGGAUGUGCGCCCAACACCACCGAACAGCGUCCAAAAGCUUUGCCCAAGGACUGCAAAAAGGCAGCCGUGCGCACCAAAGCUCGGUCCGGUGCCACGAAGCAGCAUCCUCCUCCUCCACUUCGCCAUCCCCACCCUCAGUCACCCACCGACACCCAGAAGGCCGGGCCCGUUCGAGAGGCGGCCCCGGUUCCCAGACCCAGUCCCCCCGCUGCUAGGAGCCAGGAGAUGGAACCCAGAGUUGUCAAACCAUCACUGGCUGCUCUUCACACACCAGAACCACAGAGGGACUCUCUGGAGGAGAGACAGAAGCAGCCAGAGAAACCCCAGCAGCAGCAGAUGGAGAAGCCGAGCACAGCCGUGAUGCCUGAGGACGCACCGGAGCAGCCGAGGAGGCCUCAGUGUCCGGAGCCCGUCCCUGCAGAGGAGAGUGACCCUUCUGAGAAAACACAGGAAGCUGCUUCUUUCCCCAGCUUUGAGGACGUCCCAGGUCCCUGUGAGCCGGAGGAUCUCAUUGAUGGGAUUAUCUUCGCUGCAAACUACCUGGGAUGCACUCAGGUGUUGUCUGAUAAAAAUCCUUCCAAGUCUGUCCGGAUGUCCCAGGCACACGAAGCCGUCAGCCGCAUAAAGAGCCAAGAUGAGGACUCUCAAAUGAUGACAGAAGUGGACCUGUUCAUCUCAACAAAGGCUGUGAAAGUGCUGAACGCAGACACACAGGAGACGAUGAUGGACAGUGCCUUGCGGACCAUAUCCUAUAUUGCAGACAUUGGCAGCAUUGUGGUCUUGAUGGCACGGAGGCGCAUGUCUCAGGCUGCUUCUUCAGAGGAUUUUUCCGAAUCUCCCGACUCCAACGGCGAAGGGAAGACUCAGUACCGGAUGAUCUGCUACGUCUUCGAGUCCGAGGAUGCACAGUUAAUUGCACAGUCCAUCGGCCAGGCUUUCAGUGUGGCCUACAGAGAAUUCCUGCGAGCCAACGGCAUCAACCCUACAGACCUGAGCCAGAAACAAUACAGCGAUAUCAUCAACUCCCAGGAAAUGUACCAUGAUGACCUUGUCCAUUUCUCAAACUCCGACAACUGUAAAGAGCUGUACGUGGAGAAGCAGAAAGGAGAGAACCUGGGCGUGGUGAUCGUGGAGUCUGGGUGGGGCUCCAUUCUGCCCACCGUCAUCCUCGCGAGUAUGCUGAACAGCGGUCCGGCAGCUCGCUCUGGAAAGCUCAGCGUAGGGGACCAGAUCAUGUCCAUCAACGAUACCAGUUUGGUGGGGCUGCCACUGGCCACGUGCCAGGGCAUCAUCAAGGGUUUGAAGAAUCAGGUGAAGGUGAAGCUGAGUAUCGUGAGCUGCCCUCCUGUCACCACCGUCCUCAUCAAGAGACCCGAUCUCAAGUUUCAGCUCGGCUUCAGCGUUCAGAACGGCAUUAUCUGCAGUCUGAUGCGUGGCGGUAUUGCCGAGCGAGGCGGCGUCCGCGUUGGACACAGAAUCAUCGAGAUAAACGGUCAGAGCGUCGUUGCCAUGGCACAUGAGAAGAUAGUUCAAACCCUGUCUGUCUCGGUGGGUGAGAUCAACAUGAAGACGAUGCCGGCGGUGAUGUUCAGACUGCUGACGGGACAGGAGACGCCCGUCUACAUCUAGAGAGCCUGCAUGGAUCGGCCCGCUGUAGCUCUGCAUGUCUGGCUGGGUGGAGAUAAGACAGGUGACUCAGUGGGAUGAGGAGAAUUUAUUUUUCUAUCAUUUUACUUUUGGCCUCCUGUUGCGAAGCUGUAAAGAACAUCCAGUUCUCAUUUUCAGGUUUUAUCUUGAAUUACAUUGUCAUAAUGGCCUUAAAAUGUGAAUACUCUGUCUGUAGUACUGUACGUGAGUUUAUGGUGUUGAAGAGAAGUAGCUUUAUGGUCAUGAUUAUUUUCUUAUGAAGAGAUAAAUUAGUACAUUUAUUUUUUAUUUAGUCAUUUUUAUAAUGUGUAUGGAGUUACAACUUGUACUUCUAAUGUAAAUACUUUGGAUUACUCAAGGAUUUGGUUGGAAAGGCCAUAUUACUCCUACAGUAUAUGCAUGAGAUUAUAAGAAA